UGUGACGUCGGGGAGUGGGUUGAAAUCACCCAGACGUGUGUCUGCUAUCUGCAACAACAAAACAAAAAAAAAAGGGCAAAGCAGCAUGAUUAGCAAAGUAGCAGACUCACCGCUUGCACCAAAUGACUCCAUCCAGGGAUGCUGCACCAGUGUGAUUUCCCCAAAAACCGACUCCCGUCUCUCUGGUCGGUGGAUUUGAUCAAAAGUCACGAAGCCUUGUUAAAUGCAGCCAGGAGGGAUGCUGUGAUUUUGCUGAAGUCCAUCGGGAACGCGUCCAAGCAAUGGAUCCACCGACCUUCCAACAUCCUGCUGCUCUAUUACCGAUGGAAAUGGGCUGACGCACUGAGUGAUAUUGUCAGUCUGUAUCGAAGAUGGAAUGGUACCGAGUCAGCGGAAGCAACCAAUGGUAUCACCUCUCUUCGACGGACCUGGAGUGGGAAAGUGUAUGAGCUCCAUCAAAAAGGUGUUGCUGUAAUCGAACUGAAUUCUAUUGAGCAGCAGCAUGUGAAGUUUAUCUCUGAAUUUAUAUAUUUACAAAAAUGGACACUACGGCAUGCAGCAGUCACCACCGAGGAAUUGAUACAUAUGCACAACAAAGAAAGUAGGAAUGUUGGGAGCUGCAUUUCUAAAUCCAAUGCUGAGCAGUCCUUAUUCUGUGUGUUUCCAGAAUCACUGGUCUGUUUGGAAAUGUUCUGCAAGGAUGUCAUGGAGCUUUCUGAGGAAUUGUACAAAAACUCUGUCCAUGUGUUAGAAUCAAGCACAACGAUUCUGCCCGAUCCAGACCAGGACUGGUGGAUAAUAAACCUUCCAGAGUGGAUGCAGUACAUCAGCAGGGUCUUGCCUGCAUUGGAGGACACCAUUAUUAAAAUUCGGAACAUUACUCAUCAGUUUCUAGAAUAUUUUAAAACAACCACCAUUGCUUGCAGCUUAAAGAGCCAUCCGGAUAUUGGGUACUAUGUCAGUGACUACAGUUUUAAAGAAGCAUAUAUGAAAAAGAUGUGGCAUUUAUAGUGGAUUUUUAAAGUUAUACAAAAUAUGGAGAGGAUGAACACUCAGUACAAGUCUGUGACAUAAGAUUGACUGUAAAUAAAGACAUGGAAUGAAAAUCAGUCAGUUCUCAUACAUUUCAGCUCAUCCCAAAAAUGUUUGUGGAAAGAGCGUACUGAGGAAUUCAUAAAUAUGUCUGGAAAUUGUGCUAAUGUAAACGGGGCAACCAACAGGACAAAGCGCAGCACAGGAACAGGCCCUUCGGCCCUCAAUGGAUGGGCUGAACAUGAUUCCAAGAUAAACUAAUCAUGUCUGCCUGUAUGUGAUCCCUGUCCCUCCAUUCCUUACAUAUCCAUGUGCCUAUCUCAAAGCCUCUUAAAUGCCACUAUCUUGUCUGCCUCCACCCACCACCCUCUGUGUAAAGAAACUCACCAUGCACAUCUCCUUUACAUUUUUCCCCUCUCACCUUAAAGCUAUGCCCUCUAGCCUUUGACAUUUCCACCUCUGGGGGAAAAAAAGGUUCUGACUGUCUACCUUAUCUGUCUCUCAUAAUUUUCUAUAAUUCUAUCAUGUUUUAAACAAAGUUGAAUUAUUACGAUCUGUACUUCAAAAGUAAACACUGAGAACUGUACGUUGAAAUUAAUAAACCCAUCGUUUAGCUUUCUAUACAGACUCCAUAUGAAUAUAGUCAUACAGCACGGAAACAGGCCCUUCGGCCCAACUUGCCCAUGCCAACCAAGCUGCCCCAUCUACACCAGUCCCGCCUGCCUGCGUUUGACCCAUAUCUCUCUAACCCCUUCCUGUCCAUGUACCUGUCGAAAUGCUAUUUGCAGUAAAUGUUGUAUUUGUACUUUGUGCCAGCUCAUCCCCACUGGAACUUUAACAGUUCAUUUUGAUUCCAUUAAAACGAGGGUUGUUAAGGGCUAGGAUCCGCGGUCAAAUUCAGUCACAAUCUAAAUCAGGGGCAAGGUAAUUCUGAUGAUCUUAUAUUAAAUAACUAGUUCAGCAAGCAGAUUAUGGUCAAUGAAUGUAGCAUUAAACUGUAGCUGUUGAACAUUUAAAUCAUAACUAUGAAAUGCCGGAAAAAUUCAGAUCAAUAGUUAAUGAAUUCUUUGUGCAACCAUAUGUCAUGCAUGCAUUAGCAGUACCUUAUAAAACAAUGUUGUAAAGUUGUUAAAUAUAUGUUAGCUUUUGUUGGAGGAUAUAUGGUUUGUUCCCCUCAUUUCAUCAAAAAAACUUUGUAGAAAGUAAAACAGUGUCAAUUUUUCCAAAUACGUAGUUUUCCAAAUUCAGUAUGGAUUUACAAGAUUGAAUGGAAGAUAUUUUUCUUAUGCUAUGGUAUUAUGAAUUACACUAUAAUAUAAAACUACAUGAUUAUUAUAUGCAAAUAAACUAUUAAAUGAGCUAUUACACAUAUUCUUGCCUCACAGAAAAAUACCAUGUAUGACUUUUCAUUAAAUGAUUGUGACUGAA